CCUAGUCCUGACUGCCUCAUUGAACAAAUCUUCUCAGUGGAGUGUCAUUUAAUGGCAAGAGUACACUAUAUAGCUAAAGAACUGAUUCCUGGUAGGACACAGAUUUACAAGCUGUGUGGAUUGGGGAUAGCAAUGAAAUACUUCUUAAUUUUGGCAGUUGCUGCUGCUGGCUUCCUGCCUGUUUUGGAGACAAAAUUAUUCAAAACCCAAUACACUAAACUCAACACAAAAUCAACAGCUGUCCAAGAAGAAAUCGUCAAUACACACAACGCCCUCAGGAGAAGAGUGGUCCCACCAGCCAGGAACAUGCUGAAGAUGAGUUGGAGUGAAGAAGCUGCAGGAAAUGCUAAAAUUUUGUCAAAGUUUUGUGAUUGGACAGACAGCAACCCACUUGAGAGGAGAAUUAAAAAUACCUUUUGUGGAGAAAAUGUGUAUUUGGGAUCUAAAUCUGUCUCCUGGUCUCACGUAAUUGAAAUCUGGUACAAUGAGUCUAAAAAUUUUGUAUAUGGAGAAUGGACAUCAACAGAUGAGGACAUAAGAACUGACCAUUACACUCAGAUUAUUUGGGCCUCUUCUUACCUCAUCGGUUGUGCUGUUUCAUUAUGCCACAAACAAAGUGUACCUCAAUAUCUCUAUAUUUGUCACUAUUGUCACGAGGGAAACAAUCCUGACACAAUUAAUGUACCUUAUAAGAAGGGAACCCCAUGUGAAGAUUGUCCGAAUAACUGUGAAGAUAGACUUUGCAUUGCUGCAUCCUGUUCACAUUUGGAUCUCUCAGGAUGAUGCACAACCCUUUCAGUGUGAACCAGAGGAGAACCCACAACAGUCUGGUAACAUUCCUGGGUGGUUAUGCUUAAGCAAGACAUCUCUUGAACUCAUCCAAGGACCUAGUGUAGUCAAACAUGACUUUUAUCAUCUGAAAUUCACUUCCAUCUCUAGAAGCAGGAAGAUCAACUCAAUUGUUGAUAUGUUCUGGCUCAGUGGGUUGGGAAAGAGCAGUCAUUCUGUCUUCAGGGAAGAGCAUCUGAACUCAUCCAUAUCAAUUUUGCUUACAUGCCCUCGACAUGAACUCAGCAAUAUGAACACAUUCAACUGAUAGAGAACUUGGGCAUUAUAUUCUCUGACUGAGUGCUUAUGGGCCAAGUUAAAGUUGCUACUAAGGAGAGGAAGAAUAAAGCUGAAUUAAUUCAAGAUAUCAUUCAAAAGAAGAACCUAUAUAAAUUUUAUAAUAUACUGGAAGACAUGGAAAACAUGCUUCUUUAGAUGACAAAAAGAGCAACAUUUAGAGCAUAAAUAAGUACACAUCUUAGGCAGAAAUACUUUUUGAAAGAAGUUAAAAUGACAUAUGAGACAGAGAAUAAACUGGCAAACAGCAUUAAAAGGAAAUAACAGUGUUGCUAAUACAGAAUAAUAAAUGGUAUUAGAAGGAAUAAAUAAAAGAAUAGUUCUGAGAAAUGAAUGGGUAACUUGGGUUAGAAUACUGGGGAAAAACACAAUACAAUGCAGACUUAGCAACAGAUAUUUUUGAAUUAUCUAUCUUUGUAUAUGAAUGUUUGUUUAUACAUGCACAUCUAUCAUCUACUUGAAAUAUUAUAUAUGCAUAUAUUUAAGUAAGGUGUUUUGUACAGUUGUAAUCAUUUUAUAUUUACAAAUUAUGACUGUGUGCAUUUAAAAUACUAAAUUUCCUAUUCGUUAAAAAUGACUUUUUUUUCAACAAUCUAUGGCGUUACCCCGAGAGGGUAGUAUUGCCUUGGGUUUUUGAUUGAAGCUCACCUUGUGGGUUUGUUUUGCUGAAGGAAGUAAUCCCAUCCUCACUGUGAGACUCUGGUAGAACUCCUGGAAGUAAAACCUCAAGUCUGGGUCCCCUUGGAGUUCUCAGAACUCAAGAAAUUCCUCAACUACAGUUCUAAUUUUCCUACACUGGUACUAGUUCCCAUGGAGCCUUAUUGGUGUUUACCUGCUCUAAGAAGUUGCUAUUCUGUUACUGUUGACUUUUUCUCUUGAAUUAAUUCAAGAUAUCAUCCAAAAGAAGAACCUAUAUAAAUUUUAUAAUCUACUGGGGCAGUGGUUUGCUCUGAGACCUUACUUCUAUGAUAUUUGUAAGCACAGGUGUUGAUUUUUUAAUUUGGCCUAUUUUUUACUUGUUGAUAGAGUCACUUCUAAGCUCCUUACAUGCUGAAGAAGAAGAUUGAAAUCUGGUUUUGAUUUUUUUCAUUUUUAGGUUUGAACAUAUUUUACGUUUCUUAUUAAUAUUCUUUCAAAUGUUUUAUUAUGACAUCCAUUGCUAUUAGAAAAAUAACAUACUAAAACUAUCCAUCUUUCCAACAAGUUCAACCCACUAUAAAUUUCAUGUGUAAUCCUGUUUCACUUAGCAGGUAGCUACUCCUCAGGCCAAAACAUAACAAAGUCUUAAAGCCCUCCACUCUGUAAUGCCAGCCUGAUCUUGAACACUAAAUUGGACUGGGAACCUUUUGAUGUUUUCUCUGAAGUUAUGGGAUAUAUCAGCUUUCUCACAUGUGAAAAAUCACUAUAUGUCCAAA